GAUUGAGAAUCAUGAUAGAACGGUGAUACGUACACACAUAUACAAAAUGGAUAUAUCACAGAAUACAGAAAAGCUUCAAACAACUUCAUUAUCGUAUGCUUCUAAUCAACAUAAAGCUCGACGUUUAAAAGUACUUCAAGAGCUUGAAGAUCGUAAACUUCAAUUAAAUCAUAAUCGUUUAAUUAAAGCACAAAAUAGAGUUUGUAGACAACUUGAUUUUCAACGUUCACAAUUUACUAGAAGAUUUUCAGAAUCUAGUUUUACACCAUCUUUAAUUGAGGAAUUAUCACCAAAAUUAUCAGCUAAUGAAAGUAUAAUUUCAGAUAUUAGGCGAACAAAACAAAUGAAACAGAAUUCAAUGGAUUUAGAAAUUCAUAAUUCUCGUCGUCGAUUACGUUCUCAUGAAGAUAUAGAAGAGAAUUUAGACUAUCCAUUUUGGUUAAGAUUACGUUCAUUAGGUGUACCAUCUGAUGAAGAUACAUUACUUGCUGCAUUAACCUGUAAAAAUAUGAAUAUUGAUGAAAAAUCAAAGCCUGAUUGUGAUGAUGUAUUUGGGUCUACUUCAAAAUUGUUAAAUACUAAUCAAACUUCAACAGAAAUACAAAUGAAUCCUAAGAAACAACGUUCUUCUAGUGUCACAGAAGCAGAUGAAACAUUUGAACAUUUACUGAAUUCAAGACGAAUAAAACGUUCUAUAAGUUUAGAAGAUAAAAAACCAGACUGGUUAUUAGCAUUAUAUCAAAUGAAACAAGAAAAAUUAUCUCAUCUUAAUUCAAGUAGUAAAGAAGAGAUAGCUGCACUUGUUAGUGGUAAUAAAUUCUAUAAUUCAAAACGAUCUCAUCUACUCAAUGUAAAAUAUCAACCACGUAAUUAUCGUUUAAUUAGAUCACAUCGACAUACUGUUGUCGGUAUGACAAAUGAAUUGAUAUAAUUAAUGAUAAAUAUUAUAUUGAAAACUGUAUACUACUUAAAUUAGACUAAAUGGAUUAUUUGAUGGGUUUACUGUAGUGAGUUUCUUCGUGUAUUUUAACCAAUCUGUCACACUCUCUCUCUCUCUUUCACUGUCUAAAAAUUUGAUGUAAUGGUAAAUAUAUUUGUUGUUUAACAUGUAA